AAGAGGAACUUUCCCUCCGCCGCCCCCUUUGUUUUUCUCUCUCUCUGGGUCUCUCCUCCUCGCCCCAAGGUUGCCGCUGUUAAUUCCCUCGCCGCGAAGGCUGGCUGGCCGAGAGCCUUUUAAGUCCCGGUGGAAAAUGCUCGGGGUGAUGUUCCUCCUCGCUUGCUCCUGCUUGGCCGAAAGGGAACUUGCAGCAUUGACGCAGGAGCAACUGCCCUACUUCUUGAGAAAAGGAAUAUUUAUUAUUCAAAGUGAGAAUUUCAAUACAUGUAUUACAGCUGAAACCUCCGAGCUCGUUCUUGAAAACUGCAAUCAAGUUUCUAAGUACAUGUUGUGGAAAUGGGGUUCUAAACAGCAGCUUUUCCACAUAGGCACAAGUAUGUGCCUUGGACUCAACUUCAGUAACCCAGAGCCAUCACUAAUAAUGACACAAUGUGACUCCCCCCAGUAUUUCCUGCGGUGGCAAUGUCAUGGAAGGGCACUUACUGGGGCAUCACAGUACAGAUUAGCAGUUGAAAAUAGGAAAAUUAUUGUAGUUAAAAAAAAAUCAAACUAUGGAUGGAAACAGUUCAUGUCACAUGAUGACGUUUGUGAACAUGCAUUUGAAGAAAUGUAUACCCUGUUGGGAAAUUCUCUUGGUUUGCCUUGUGUUUUUCCAUUUAAAUACAAUAAUAAAUGGCAUUAUGAAUGUAUCAGAGAUUUCAGAGAAGAUGGAUAUCCUUGGUGUGCCACAACAAGCCACUAUGAACAAGAUGAAAAAUGGGGAUUGUGUCCAAAUUCUGGGUCUGGCUGUGAUAUUUUUUGGAAGAUAAAUGCAGAUACUCAUAUUUGUUACCAGAUCAAUCUUCUUUCUGUUCUCUCCUGGAAUGAGGCACGUGUCUCUUGUCAGGGACAAGGAGCAGAUCUGUUAAGUAUCACAGAUAUGAGAGAACAGAAGUAUAUUGGUGGUCUAAUUGAUCAACUGAACACAAAAGAAACUAUGGUAUGGACAGGCUUAAAUCAACUGGAUGAAACUGCUGGCUGGCAUUGGUCAGAUGGUGCACCUCUGGCUUUAGUGAACUGGCAAAUGGAUCCCAUUGACAGAUCUCUAGGAGCACCUCGCUGUAAAGCUUUUAACUUAAAAAUACAAAAUGAUUGGCCAAGUUACCCAUGUGAAUCUGAACUACCAUACAUAUGCAAAAAAUACUUAAAUGCUACUGACCAUGAAGCAGUUGAUUCCUGGAAAUUUUAUCCUACUGACUGUGACAGUAAUUGGUAUCCAUAUAAUAAUUACUGCUAUAAACUUCAUAAAGAAGAAAGGAACUGGAAUGAAGCAUUUUUCUCCUGCCAGGAUGAUAAUAGCACACUCAUUAGCAUAACCUCUUUGGCUGAUAUAGAGAUGCUUAUUAACCUACUUGAAUACGAAAAUGUGACAGACACUUGGAUCGGACUAAGCUGUAAUAAGACUCCUGUUGAGUUUGAGUGGUCUGAUGGAUCUGCUGUAAUCUUCACCUACUGGAAUAAACAAGAACCAAAUAUUCUUCAGAAGAAAGGACAAAUUUGCGUUUCGGCUCAGCAACAUGAUGGACGCUGGGAAGUGAAAAAUUGUAAAAGCAGAUAUUUCUAUAUUUGUAAAAGAAGAGGGAAUAUAUGCAAUCACGUUUCUGAAGUGGAAUCAGGCUGUCCAGAGGGAUGGGAAAGACAUGGUGGAUAUUGCUACAAGAUUGAUACAAUCCCUCGAAGCUUUGAACAUGCAUCCAGUGGCUAUUACUGUCCUUCACUUGCAAAAAUAACAAGCAGGUUUGAACAAGGUUUCCUGAACAGUAUGAUUCAUCACCAAGGGAACACUGACGGUCCUUAUUUUUGGAUAGCACUUCAAGAUCUAAACAAUACAGGGGAAUAUACUUGGCUUACUGAAGAUGGAAACCAUCAUCUUGAGAUCUACACAAACUGGAGAAAGUAUCAACCCAGAUAUCCUGGCGGAUGCGUUGUUAUGCGACAGGAAGAACCCAUUGGCAUGUGGGAGGUGAAAAAUUGUACAACCUUCAUGGCUAAAUCACUGUGUAAACAAGAUGCUAAUUUCCAUGAAAAGAGUGAUACCAGGAAGCAACCAAAUUAUGAUGAAGGUUUUAAUUCUUGCAUGCAUGGAUGGGAAUCAGACCAUUAUCUGCUGAACUGCUAUAAGGUAUUCCAUAGUGAAAAAGUAUUAAUGAAAAGAACUUGGGAGGAAGCAGAAACUCUGUGUCAAGAUUUUGGAGCACAUCUUGCCAGUUUUAAACAAGUCCUUGAAGAGAAUUUUUUAAACAAACUUUUAAACACAAUGUUUCAUACAGAUGAUGAAAGACAAUUCUGGAUUGGAUUUCACAAAAGGAAUCCAUUAUCUGGAGGAGCCUGGGAAUGGUCUGAUGCAACUCCUGUUUCAUCUGUCUUUUUAGAAAAAGCUUCUAUUGAAGAUAAUGUGAAAAACUGUGCAGCAUAUAAAGCUAAUGGGACUAUUUUGCCACUGCGCUGCAAUUCAGAACGUGAAUGGAUAUGUAAAAUGCCAAAAGGUGUGAAAUCGAAGACUCCACAAUGGUAUAUUAAUGAGUUACCAUGGUUUUAUUAUCAAGGAGCAGAAUACCUUUUCUAUGACAGCCCCUCAAACUGGGACAGUUUUCAGUUUGUGUGUGGUUGGCUCCGUGGGGAUAUAGCAACCAUACAGUCGUCUCAGGAACAAGAAUUUAUCCAAAACAGAAUUAAAAAGAUUUCAAAAAAAAGUAGCAAUUGGUGGAUUGCAUUGCGUUCAGAAUUACCCAGUGAAGAAUUUCGAUGGACAGAUGGAUCACCAUUAUUGUAUCAGAACUGGGCAGGAGAUAAAGUGAGACCGAAGCCAGUUCAAGGGCAAAAAUGUGCUUUUAUUUCUUCCCAGACAGGACAGUGGGACUUUGCAAAUUGUACCCUUUCUCUUCCUUGUGUCUGCAAGCGUAAAAAUGUACAAAUUACUGAGAGAGAAAUUUUGAAAGAAGAAUAUCAAGGAACAUGUCCUAAAGGAUGGCUGUACUUUGGAUUCAAGUGUUUCCUGCUGCAGAUUCCAAAGGAUCCAGCCCAUUUAAAAAGUUGGUAUUCUGCUCAAAAAACCUGCAGCUACUAUGAUGCAUCACUGGUAACAGUUGAAAAUGAAGUUGAACAAGCACUAAGAGAGGAGGAGUGUGGAAGUGAUAUGGAAAUAGUACAUGAAAUGGUUUGGUCAAGUGAAGAGAAUGAGUUAGGGUCAAAUUACAUCAGCUGUAUAGUGUAUUCUGCUUUGUACAAUCCUGCUUACCUUGAAAGAAUAUAUAAUCAUUACAUUGCUGAUACUGAAAAGAAAGUUGUCCUAUGUAGUUCAAUACUAAAUAAUCCAAAUUUCAGUUUAAUGGGAAAGUGGUACCUUGAAAACUGUGAGAACAAAAAUGGGUUUGUCUGCCAGAAAGCUCAAGAUACUUCUAGACAUAACAUUGAUCCUUCAGUGAUGUACUCAAUCCCGAAUACUUUAGAAUAUGCAAAUAGGACCUAUACAUUGAUCAAUGGCAGUAUGACUUGGUACAUGGCUUCACAAAUGUGCAAAAAAAUUGGGGCUGAAUUGGUCAGCAUUACAGACUACUACCACCAAGCUUUCCUUACCGUAAUGAUAAAUCGAGUGGGUUACGCUCACUGGAUUGGAUUGUUCACUUCAGAUAAUGGCCUUCCCUUUGAGUGGUCAGAUGGCACCAGGCCUUUUUUUACAUUUUGGGAAAAAGAGGAAACACAUAGUCCAGGACAGUGUGUUUACAUUGAUAUUAAUGGACAUUGGAAAAAUACUGACUGUGAAGAGCUUUUGAACGGUGCAAUUUGCCACAUUCCACCAAAGAAGAAAUCAAUGCAAAACAAGGAAUUGUGUGAUGAAAAAAAUGUGCAUUGGAUAAGGUUUAACAGCAGUUGCUACAGCUUUUCUACUGUUUUUGAGAAUCUGAACUUUUAUGAAGCAUUGGAGUUUUGCAAAAGGCAAGGUUCUAAUCUUCUAACAAUCAAAGGCAGAGAUGAAAAUAUUUUUCUUUUAGAAGAACUACAUUCUUUUGGCUCUCUGGUUGAAAUGAUUUGGUUGAAUACUCACUUCCUCAUGGAUAAUGCUACGCUAAUAUGGUUUGAUGGCUCUCCAGUUCAGUAUUCAAACUGGGGCACUGAGGAGACUGAGGUGGGUCAAUGGACAGGAAAUAGCUGCAUUGUCUUGACAACUGCAGAUGGCAUCUGGAAGUUAAUACCGUGUCAUGAGAAAAAAGGAUUUGUAUGUAAAGCCAACACAGAUUAUCAUGAGACUGCAGUACCACCAGUGAAAGGAUCAUAUCAUAGGAUAUUCGUCCUGGUGAUAUCUGCAUUGCUGAUAGCUGUUAGUGCCAUAGCAACAUGUUUGUGGUGUUCGCCAAGACCCAGUGGCGUAUCUGGAACUAUCAUGUGCUUCAGAAAUGCCUGCCUUACAGAAGCUCAUUCUGAAGUUCCUGUUGCCGAAGAAAGCAUUCUCAUUUCCAGCUUGGAGAGGAAUGAUGUCCUUUAAUGCAACCUCAUUCAUUUAAUACAAUUAAUGCUGCUGCAAAUGGGCGCCCAUCUUUGUAAACAAGAAUAAUUUCAUGAACUGAUUACAUCAUAUUGUUAGGCAUUUUACUCCCUCCAAAUUUAAGAUAGUCCAAUUUUUUUUCCCAAUGGAACAAGAUUUGCAGUAAAACUCAAUUAAGAUCUACUUGAAGGCAAGACAAGAAGCAAUAGAUGAAAACUGAUCAAAGAGAGAUCCAAUCUAGAACUA